AUGCUGCAAGUCAGCGACAUACAAGAGCACGUCAAACUGACGAGCAACGCGAAACGCGGAAUGAAGUUGAACGGAAUCGAUGGAAUCGAAAUCAACAGCAUAGAAAUUUCACAGCAAAUCGUUGCUAUAGGAUCAAUGAACGUUGUGUGUCAAUAUUGUAAAGCAUUUAAGUUUAAAUAUGAAGCCUCUGGAUUGUGUUGCGCGAGCGGUAAAGUGAAAUUGACGCCAUUGGUACCGCCACCAGAGCCUCUGCAUUCAUUGGUUUCCGGAAAUGGGAGAGUUUCUAUACAUUUUUUGACUCAUAUACAGCAAUACAAUAAUUGCUUUCAAAUGACGUCAUUUGGCGCAACAAAAGUUAUUCAAGAAAAUUUUAUGCCAACUUUCAAGAUUCAGGGACAAAUAUAUCAUUUAACAGGAUCCUUAUUGCCAACGCAGGAUAGUGAAUAUAAAUUUAUGCAAAUUUAUUUUAUGGGCGAUUCAGCAAGACAAGUCGAUCAACGUUGUGCACACAAUAAAUUGGUGAAAAGACCAAUUGUGGAACAACUGCAAAUGUUUUUCCAUCAACACAACGAAUUGGUUACAUUAUUCACGACUGCAUUAGACCGCAUGCCAUCUGAUAACCACAAAAUUGUCAUCAAAGCCGAUAAGACGCCUGCAGGACAACACGCAAGACGCUAUAAUGCGCCAACAAUUGAUGAAGUCGCUAUUGUUGUCGUGGGUGAAAAUUUAGAAAACCGAGAUAUUGUUUUACACCGGCGUAACGAUCAACUACAGCGUAUGUCAGAAACACAUCGAUCAUAUGAUGCGUUACAAUAUCCUAUCUUAUUUUGGCAAGGUGAAGAUGGAUAUGACUUUUCAAUGAAAAAGAUAGAUCCAGUUAUAGGUUCUGAAACUAAUAAAAAAAUUAGUUCAAUGAAUUAUUAUUCGUAUAGACUGAUGGUUCGGGAAAAUGAGGACAAUCACAUCUUAAAAUGUCGACGUCUCUUUCACCAAUAUGCUGUGGAUAUGUACGUGAAAGUUGAAACUGAACGAUUGACAUUUAUCAGGUUGAAUCAGGCAAAACUCCGUUCUGAGGAAUACAUUCAUCUUCGGGAUGCCAUCAAUGCUGACGGAAAUGCACAGAAUGUAGGCAGAACAACUAUUCUAACAACAUACGUCGGAAGUCCGCGACAUAUGCAUGAAUACGCUCAGGAUGCUAUGUCGUAUGUCCGUCAUUAUGGCACACCAGAUUUGUUUAUAACGUUUACAUGCAAUCCACAAUGGACAGAAAUUCGACAAGAAUUGUUUUUUGGUCAAUCGCCCAUUGAUCGCCACGACAUUACCGCAAGAGUGUUCAAAAGAAAAUUAAAAUCACUAAUGGAUUUCAUUGUUAAACAUCACGUGUUUGGCGAGACGCGCUGUUGGAUGUAUUCAGUCGAGUGGCAGAAACGCGGAUUGCCACAUGCACACAUCCUCAUUUGGUUGGUAGAGAGGAUAAGACCGAAUGAAAUCGAUGAUGUGAUAUCGGCGGAAAUUCCAAAUAAAGAUGAAGAUCCAUUGUUACAUGAGGUUGUUACAAAAAAUAUGAUUCAUGGUGGAAUAUUAAAUCCAAUUUCUCCGUGUAUGGUUGACGGAAAAUGUUCAAAACGCUUUCCAAGACAAUUAGUUACAGAAACUAUUAGUGGAAAUGAUGGUUAUCCACUCUAUCGCCGGCGAUCCACUGAUGACAAUGGAAGGUCAACAAUAGUCAAAGUGAAUCAGCAGAACAUUGAAGUUGAUAAUCGUUGGGUUGUUCCGUUUUCGCCAUUACUCUCCAAGACAUUUAAAGCACAUAUAAAUGUCGAAUUUUGCCAUUCCGUAAAAUCUAUAAAAUAUAUCUGCAAGUACGUGAACAAAGGUAGUGACAUGGCUGUGUUCGGAGUUGCUGCUGAAAAUUCAAACGAUGAGAUCACUCAUUUUCAAAUAGGCCGCUAUGUUAGUAGUAACGAGGCGAUGUGGCGUAUUUUUUCAUUUCCUAUACAUGAAAGAUACCCCACUGUUGUUCACUUGGCCGUACAUCUGGAAAAUGGUCAAAGGGUGUACUUCACAACGGAAAACGUAUUACAACGGGUUGACAGGCCGCCAUCGACAACAUUGACCAGCUUCUUUGAAAUGUGCCAGAACGAUGACUUUGCCAGAACACUGCUUUAUUCAGAAAUGCCAAGAUAUUAUACCUGGAAUCAAUCGUCAAAGAAAUUUCAACGACAGAAACAAGGACAGCCAGUUCCAGGUUACCCACAAUCAAUGUUCGUGGCCCUACAUCAUUCCAACAUCUGCGAACUGUUAAUGUGUGUAUUAUGCGGCACAUACAGAGAAGCCUGUCAACGUUUGGGAUUGCUAGAGAAUGACACUCAUUGGGACCACACUCUCGAAGACGCUGUAAUUUCGGCAAAUGCUAAACAAAUACGAACAUUGUUUUCCAUAAUUUUGUCUACGUGCUUCCCAUCAACACCGAUAGAUUUAUGGAACAAAUAUAAAGAUCAUAUGGCCGAAGAUAUAUUACAUCAGAAGCGACUUAGAACAUCGAAUCCAGAUUUACAAAUUAACGAAGAAAUUCACAAUGAAGCUUUAAUUUUAAUUGAAGACGUGUGCUUAAUGCUUACCAAUAAAGGAUUAAUACAAUUAGGAAUGACAACGCCUAAUCGACCAAUGCACGACGCAUUUAAUCAAGAAUUGAGACGUGAAACCCAAUAUGAUUCCGAAGCAUUAAAAGAAACCGUUCUAAGAAACGUUCCUAUUUUAAAUGAGCAACAAAAAUAUGCCUACGAUACGAUUAUGAAAGUAGUAAACGAUGAAACUGGCGGAUUUUUUUUCUUAGAUGCUCCUGGUGGAACUGGAAAAACGUUUUUGAUAUCAUUGAUUUUGGCAACGAUUAGAUCGCAAAAUGGUAUCGCACUUGCACUAGCUUCGUCAGGUAUUGCAGCUACGUUGUUAGAAGGCGGUCGAACAGCUCAUUCCGCACUCAAGUUGCCGUUGAACAUGCAAAUAGAUGAAACUCCAACUUGCAACCUUUCUAGAAAUUCUGCGAUGAGCAAAGUGUUGCGGCAAAGCAAAUUAAUAGUUUGGGAUGAGUGCACGAUGGCACACAAAAAAUCUUUGGAAGCAUUAGACAGGACGUUGCAAGAUUUACGAAAGAACCAAAACCGGUUUGGUGGUGCAAUGAUUUUAUUGGCAGGUGAUUUUCGCCAAACAUUACCAGUAAUACCACGGUCAACGCCAGCCGACGAAAUUAACGCGUGUUUAAAGUCGUCCAUUUUAUGGAAAUACGUUAAAACGCUAAAAUUAAAUAUGAACAUGAGAGUCAAAUUGCAGAACAACCAAUCUGGAGAAGUUUUUUCCAAACAAUUGCUCGAUAUUGGUAAUGGCAAAAUACCUGUUGACUUAUCAUCUGGAUACAUUACAUUACCUACCAAUUUUUGUCACUUUACUGAAUCAAAGACCGAACUCAUCGAUAAGGUUUUCCCAAACAUUGCUCAAAAUUACAAUAAUCAUGUAUGGUUGAGCGAACGAGUUAUAUUGGCUGCAAAAAACGUCGAUGUCAACGAAAUGAAUUUUCAAAUUCAAAAUAAGAUAACUGGCGAAUUGAUGACAUACAAAUCGAUUGAUUCCGCGACUAACCAAGAUGAUGUUAUCAACUAUCCAACGGAAUUCUUAAAUUCGCUGGAAUUGCCCGGAUUACCACCUCAUAAUCUGCAAUUAAAAAUCGGAUCGGUAAUAAUUAUGUUGCGGAAUAUAAACCAGCCACGUCUUUGUAACGGCACCCGACUUGCAGUGAAAAAAUUAAUGAACAACGUCAUCGAGGCCACAAUUUUGAAAGGGAAGUACAAAGGCGAAGACGUUUUAAUUCCACGGAUUCCUUUGAUUCCGAACGACAUGCCAUUCGACUUUAAACGGUUACAAUUUCCAGUGCAACUAGCAUUUGCAAUGUCGAUAAAUAAAUCGCAAGGACAGUCGCUAAAUGUUUGUGGCAUCAAUCUUGAAAAUUCAUGUUUUUUACAUGGCCAGUUGUAUGUCGCCUGUUCCCGUGUUGGCAUACCAACAAACCUAUUCAUAUACGCACCAGAAAAUAAGACGAAGAAUGUUGUGUAUCAUAGAGCAUUACAAUAA